UCCGCGCUCGCCGGGGGCUUCCUGCCGGUGCAGGCGCUCGGCUGCCCCGCCGCGGCUUUGCCCGCGGUCCCCGGCACUGGCCGCUCCGCGCCGCGCCGGCGGACUACAAGCCCCAGGCUGCCCCGGGCCGGCGGGGGAGGUGCCGCCCGCCCCGUCCCGCCCCCCGCGCAGCAUGGCCGGCUUCGCGGACCUGAACCUGCCGCCGGGGCCGGACAAGAAGUGCCUGCAGAGCCUGCUGGAGGCCGCGGCGCACCCUGCCCAAGCUUGCUAAGGUGCGUAGUGUGCAGCUCAAGGCUCGGGCAGCCUCACGGAUGUGCAGAAUCGGGAGGUGGAGAGCCCAUGGAUUAAACCGCUCCCAGCCGCCAUUCCCAAAGACAUCACAGACCUACCAGUUUACCUGCGAGCCCUGCAAAUCACUUAGGCUUCAUCUCCUGUAUCUACUUCAGCACCGGUCAGUGGGAUAUUCGACAGUUGCUCUCAAUCAUGUCAUCGAUUUUAAAGAAAAGAAACAGGAAAUUGUCAAGCCAGUGUCUCCUUCAGAGUUGUUUCCAUCUUUGCCUAUUGUACAAGGGACAUCUAAACGAAUUAAAGUCUUAAACCGGCUAACGCUUGUCGUUUCUGAUCCUUCCCACUGUAAUCUCUUGCGAUCAACAUCUACAAAUAUAAGGUUAUAUGACCUCAUAGCAGUAUUUCCUAAGACUGAGAAACUGUUCCAUAUUGCUUGCACAACUCUAGAUGUGGAUCUGGUAUGCAUAAAUGUAACAGAAAAGCUGCCGUUCUACUUCCGAAGGCCCCCUGUGAAUGUGGCAAUAGAUCGAGGCAUUUACUUUGAACUUCUUUACACGCCUGCCAUCAAAGACUCCACAAUGAGGAGAUACACAAUUUCAAAUGCAAUCAGCCUGAUGCAGAUCUGCAAAGGAAAGAACAUUGUUAUGUCAAGUGCAGCUGAAAGGCCUCUAGAACUACGAGGUCCUUACGACGUGGCUAAUCUAGGUUUGCUGUUUGGCAUGUCAGAAAGCGAUGCCAAGGCAGCUGUGUCUACCAACUGCAGAGCCACCCUGCUUCAUGGAGAAACGCGAAAGAGUGCCUGUGGGGUAGUGUACACAGUGAAGAAGCCUCGCAAAGUUGAGGAGGAAGAAACAACGCUGCCAGCCUGCAAAAGAGCCAAGACUCAAGCUUGAGGACUGAACCAGUUGUCAACAGGAACUUCUGUACCAUCUUUACCCAGUGCUCUGUCUUCCUUCCACCCUCCAGCCAGCUCAUUCCUCACUUACUACUUCAUUUAGUCCAGAGAAGAAUUAUUCUUCUGGUAUUCAAGUGAGAGAGCUGUGGGGAUAGGACUGAUGAAUAGUUCACCACACCUGAAAGAUGAUCCUGUGCUGUGCUCCUGGCCAAGGCCAGGAUAGCACCUCUCCACGCUGUCGUAGCUUUUCUGGAGUUGGUGCAAACUCCACACAGCAUUUCUAACGUGGGAAUUUUCAGUUGUACAGGUGCACUCCUUUUUUAAUUAAAAAUGUUUUCAAGAACACA